AUAAAUUGAAGUUUCUAUCUCGUAUCAUAAUGCUUUGUUCUAUCAAGCUCGCACAUAAUACGCCAUGGCUACUGUUGGCCCUUCAGAACUUCGUUCGGUCUCCAACCAUGCCGAAUCAGCGCAAAGCUCUCGCUCGCCAGACCCUCCCACACAGUCAAGAUCCUGUCGAACAGCAUCUCCUAACUCACUAAGAGGUCUCUCAUCAGGACAAUGUCUUACCAGGAUCCAAAGCCCUGGAAGAAGCAACGGGCGAUAUUCGCACACCUCAUCAGUAUUUUCGCCCAAGUCCCCAUCUCGAGCAUCCUCACCAGACAGUAGUCUGGCUAGCCCUGUCAAGGAGCCUAGUGCCACUGGUGUUGAGGCCAAAGAAUUACAACCGGACCUCCCCAAGGCACCGCAACAUUUCUCAAGAGUUUUCAGCAUCCCUAAAGCCCUUUUUGAGAUGCAUGAUAGCUACAGAGAAUGGCACUUUAGCAUUGCACCUAAGCAGAAUGUGCAAAUGCUGUUGAUGGAUCUUAAUGAAGAAACAAGUCAGCGAGAAAAAGCUGAACAACAGGUUAGAUAUCUCACUGAGCGUCUAAGUUCAGGCGCGGAACCAGGACCUAAGAUUCAGCCCUCGGUACGGCAACAAAGAGGUUCAGAAGUAGAGAAACAUUCUGCUUCGAAACCACUAUUUUUUAAAGAGCGAGACCCAAGACGAAGGGGGUUGAUUGAGAACAAAGAGAAUAAGUCGUUAGAAGAGAGGUUCAAAUUACUGGUGGAUUGGAGUGACCAAGUCCAGGAGGACAAUGACGUGACUCAAGACGGCAAUAAAUUGCUUCAUGAUCUACUUGACGAAGCAAGCAAAGAGAUUAGAGAACUGAAGGCGAAGGAGAAGGUGUUGGAGGGUGACAAAGCAAGACUCGAAAAGCAGCUCGAACAGAGCCGCAACCAGAGGGCCUCUAGGCGCGACAGCUAUACACAGACUGAAGGGGCAUACCACGAGUGGAUCGCUGAGCUACAGCGAGGAAGUGAUCGACUUGGUCAGGAAAACACUGAGAUGCGAUCCGCUCUCGAACAACCUCAAGACGAAGAUAGCCCAUCAGAGGAACAAGAGAGUCAGGCAAUGAAGGCACAGACAAAAGAGGAACAAACGAAGACUUCAGCUCCCGGGGAAGAAAUUGAGGGCGCGGAUAAUGAAAUGGGAGGCAUUGCACGAGGACGUAAUUCAACGACACCACAGGACACCGCUACGGAAAACGAAGCCUCAACGAUGCCAGUUGCACUUCCAGUCAGGUCGGAGACAGCAAGAACCAUACGAAUCGACAUACAGCAGGGUUUCAACAAAAUAUUAAUUGAGAUUUAAGAACGAAUAGCGAUUAUCCUAGACAGCAAGAACCAUACGAAUCGACAUACAGCAGGGUUUCAACAAAAUAUUAAUUGAGAUUUAAGAACGAAUAGCGAUUAUCCUAGACAGCAA